AUGGAACUGAGAAAGUACAAAAGCGGGGUGUUCCUGAGUCAAACGGGUUAUUUGGUGGAGAUGCUGCAGCGCUACGAGGUGCAAGGAGUGGAACCUUACCCAUUGCCUAAGGUUGAGGAUGGGGAGGACGAGGAACCAGAUCUCAAGGCGUUGAGGCGUGCCCAGACUCUAGUGGGUGAACUGUUGUGGGCAAGUACAAGAGCAAGACCGGAUGUGGCAUUUGCAGCAGGGCUACUUGGUCGUCUUGCUCAUCGACGUCCCAACCACGCCGUGGGGAAGCACCUACUCAAGUACCUGCAAGGCACAACUGACUAUGGCUUGAACUAUCAACCUGGGGAUAUGGAGAUGGUCAGCUACCACGUACAGCGGACAGACAGGCAGGCCUGUGUCACACAGAGCGCGGCGGAGAGCGAGUUGGAGGGUUACUCAUCUGCGCAUCAAGCUGGUGAAGCGCUGAGCGCAUUGAUUGAGACGGUUAACAACAACCAAUCGCUCCAGAAGCUGCUCUAUGGCGACAACAAGGAGAAGGCACUUGCGCAUCAGAGCACAUGCGUUGAGAGAAGCAGUCAGGAGACCAGAACUGGGAUGGCAGGCACGUCACAUGCCGAUGGACUCACGAAGGCUCUGGUGGGCGUAGCUUUCAAUGCGUUUAGAUUGAGAGCAGGAGUCAUCAAGAGGAAGACGUGUGACAAUCUUCAGGACAAGGACAACGUGAAAAAGAAUAACAAGGUCACUGACGAGACCCACGCUCCACAGAAUGACAAGGUCAUUGAGGAGAAGCACGUUCCAAAGAAUGUCAAGGCUUCUGCGGAGAUUGCAAUUCCAAAGAGCCCCAACGUUCAGGACAAGUUUGAGGUGACAAUGAAUAACGUGGCCAACCACCCUGCCAACAUCAAGGCUUUUGACUUUGACAAGACAGUCCAGAUGGCCAAGACCUACCUCGAUGAAGAUGUACCUUCAAGCACAAGCUGA